AUGGAACAAAGAGCCACCGCACAGUGCCUUUCUCUGCUUCCGAAACUAAGCAGCUUGAAAGAAGUGAAACAAAUCCAUGCCCACAUGAUCAAAACUGCAUUGGAUCAAUUCCCAUAUGAAGUCAGCAAAGUUGUAGAAUUCACUUCUCUUUCUGUUACACCUCAAAGCUUUGCUUACGCGCGCGAGCUGUUUUAUCGGAUCCAAAAUCCCAACCUGUUCCUCUACAAUACCAUGAUCAGGGGUUGCUUAAUAAACAAAAGAUCAGAAGAAGCCACCUUCCUGUACAUUCGAAUGCGGGGUGAGAAUCUCCUCCCCAAUAACUUCACAUUUCCCUUUGUUCUUCGUGCCUUCGAGGACAAAUUGGACCUCAAAGGCGGGAAGGAGGUUCACGGGUGCAUUCUAAGAACUGGGCUUGGGUCGGAUCUCUAUGUUCUGACCACACUCUUGAACAUGUACUCUGUGUGUGGAGGUAGCAUGAAAGCCACAACCAAGGUCUUUGAGGAAAUGCCCCUGAAGGAUGUGGUGUCUUGGAAUUGCAUGGUUUCUGGGCAUGUCAGACAUGGAAGCUUGGAGUUGGCGAGAACAUAUUUUGAUCAUGCCCCUGCAAGGAGCCUUGUCUCUUGGAAUUCGAUACUCUCUGGGUACGCCAACUCUGGGAGGAUUGAAGAAGCAGAGAGAUUGUUCAUGGAGAUGCCAAAGAAGGAUACAGCGUCCUGGAAUUCACUGAUCAGCGGGUACCUUAGGAUUGGUGACCUUAACUCUGCAGAAAGGCUCUUUGAUCGAAUGCCGGCGAGGGAUGUCGUUUCUUGGACAGCCAUGAUCGACGGGUAUGUGAAAAAUGGUCACUAUGAUCGUUCUUUGGCUCUAUUUCAUCAGAUGCAGCUGGCUGAAAUCGAACCCAGUGAGGUGACCCUUCUUAGUGUGCUCACUUCUUGCGCUAGCUUGGGUGCACUAGAACUAGGAAAAUGGGUUCAUGCUUAUAUAAAAAAGAUUGGCUUUUCAAUUGAGACCAAUCUUGGUACUGCACUUAUAGAUAUGUAUGCUAAGUGUGGAAAUAUGGAGAAAGGUUUGGAGGUCUUUUUCAACCUGGGGACAAAGAAAGAUGUGAUUACAUGGACAGCAGUGAUAUCUGGACUAGCCAUUAACGGAAAAUGUAGAGAAGCCCUAGAGUUCUUCAAUCGCAUGGUGACUGAAGGUAUAAAGCCUGACCGAGUAACGUUUCUUGGGGUUCUAUGUGCAUGUGCUCAUGCAGGAUUUGUUAAGGAUGGGUUUCAUUACUUCGAUUCCAUGAAUAAAGAUUACCUUCUGGUGCCCAGAAUGGAGCACUAUGGUUGUAUGGUUGACCUCCUUGGACGGGCUGGUUUACUUGAAGAGGCUAUGGAGUUUGUUAAAGCCAUGCCAUUUGAACCCGAUCCUGUUAUUUGGGGAUCCCUCUUUGGUGCCUGUCAAAUGCACAAGAAUUUGGAAUUGGGGGAGCAAGUGAUGGAACGCCUUUCAAAAAUGGAUCCCUGGAAUAAAGGAAAUCUUGUGACCUUAUCUAACAUCUAUGCUGCCACUAGUAGAUGGGAUGAUGUUGCUAAAACAAGGAAGAAGAUGAAAGAGAAAGGGACGAGAAGAACACCUGGAUGCAGCUCCAUUGAAGUCAAUUUCCACGUUCAUGAGUUUGUUUCCGGAGACAGCUCGCACUUGAGAUCCAAGGAAACCUAUGAAAUGCUGGAUUUGUUGGCAGGGAGAAUGAAGGUUGCGGGUUGUUUACCAAACGAUGUGCUUCUCCUAGAGGAUUAG